GAGCGCGCGCGCGCGCGCGCGCGCGAGAGAGAGAGAGAGAGAGAGAGCACGGGCUCCGCCUUACCGCCCCAACAUCCAGCUCCGGUCCGACGACGGAGGAGGCACCACAGACUGAACUAAACCACGGCUCGGCUCAGCUCCCAGCGUGAAGACAUCAAAACGGACAUGGGCUCCCGGUGAAUCCGAGAGGUGGAGGGCCGGCGGGUGGUGGGGGGGCAGAGUGCGGCGCGUGCGGUGGCAGUAACAACCGGAGAGAGGACCAACAAAAGCACAACCCAGGGUGCCUGCAACCAUGAACGGCUUGCGCUGCUCGCCACAGCCGCCGCUGCCUCUCCGCUCUCGGACCAUGUCGUGAGGCGUGGCUCGGAAACGCUCCGGGGAACCUGUCAGCCGAAACGACACACCGACGAGGAGCGAGAGGAGGAGGGGGAGGUGGCGGUGGGGUGGCGGUGGUAGCGGAAAAGAUGUCAGCCUCGGUGGGGCCCCAAGGCGCCCCUCGCCCACACGCCGCGCCGCCGUCCAUGCCGGAUGUACCGGACCUCAGCCACCUCACGGAGGAGGAGAGGAAGAUCAUCAUGGCAGUGAUGGCUCGGCAGAAGGAGGAGGAGGAGAAAGAGCAAGCCAUGCUAAAGACACUGCACCAGCAGUUUGAGAGCUACAAACAGGAGGUGCGUCGCAUCGGGGCGGAGACGCGGCGCCAGCAGACGCAGCAGAAGGACGACACGCCCACCUGUGGCAUCUGCCGCAAGACCAAGUUCGCCGACGGCUGCGGCCACCUUUGCUCCUACUGCCAGACCAAGUUCUGCGCUCGCUGCGGAGGCCGGGUGUCUCUGCGCUCCAACAAUUGUCUCAUAGUGAAGGACAGGGUAAUGUGGGUUUGCAACCUGUGCCGUAAACAGCAGGAGAUACUUACCAAAUCAGGAGAAUGGUUUUCGGGCUCAGGGGUGCGGCCUGGAGGCCCAGGCGCCUCCUUGAACAGCCCAGCCACGGGAGGUGAGGCCCAGCGGGACAGGAAGCUUCUCCGCUCCAGGUCCCAAGCUCCGCCGUCCAGCGCCAACACCAACGCAGGGCUGGAAAGGACUAAGCCCACUCCUGGUGUCACCGCCUUCAAGGGCGCUGACACUAUGUCUGGCUCCCGCUCCCAAAGUGAACCACCUCGAGAAAAGAAAAGACCAGUUUCCCUCCAUGAGCAGAAUGGUAAGGGGGGCCUGGGACGUGCCAGCAGCCGGAGGCCUGCUGGGAACUUGCCGUCUCAGUCGUCCCUGGAUGAGAGAUUGGGCCCAGGGGACAGAGGUGAGAGGCGGCUGGGAGACGGACGGAGGCUGGAGAAAAUCCAUUCACGGGACUAUGAGGAUGGAGAGGAGACCAUGGGUCGUUCGGACGCACAUCGGAGACGGCCAGAGGAUGAGGAGCAAAGAGAGCGGCAGCGGCGCGAGGAGGAGUUCCAGAAUCGGUAUCGUAGUGACCCUAACCUCGCUAGGUACCCGGUGAAACCACAGAAGGAGGAGCAGGAGAUGCGCAUGCAUGCCAAAGUGUCCAAAGUACGCCAUGAGCGACGACACAGUGACCUAGCGAUCAAUGAGGUGGGAUUAGGACCUGGUGACGGAGGAGGUGGGGUAGGGAGCCCAGGUAUUGGAGGCGAGGUACCUGAAAAUCGUCUGAGAAGAGGUGGAGGUGGAGAGGCUCAAUGCAAGUUCCUUCUGGAAAACCACAGAGUAGGCUCUGUGGAGAGGACCGUGGGGGUUGGUGGGGAGGCUCCACCUGCAGGAGGUGGAGUGAGAUCAGGCCUCCAACCUGAAGGAUCGCUUCCUCCCGACUGGGCCCCGAACAAGGUCCGACUAGAACCCGGUUCAACGCGGAUGCCGAGGGACAAAGGUGAAGACAGCCUGCUCAGGAAGGACUCUCAGAGCUCGGACCAGUCGGAGUCUCUGCGGCCGCCCCCCCCACGAUCGUACAAAAGCAAGCGUGGAGUCAACAAGAGGCAGAUGUCCAUCAGCAGCUCAGAGGAAGAAGGCGGCUCCACGCCGGAGUAUACCAGCUGUGAGGACGUGGACAUGGAAAGCGUCAGCGAGAAAGGCGACUGGGACUGUCAUCCUCUAGAUCCUGCAGUGUGGCAUCACCCAGUCACGUGGCAGCCGUCCAAAGAAGGCGACCACCUGAUUGGACGAAUCACGUUGAGCAAGAGGUCAGCAAUGCCCCGUGAGACCGGCUCUCUGCUUGGCUUGAAGGUGGUGGGAGGGAAGAUGACGGCAAUGGGGAGACUCGGGGCCUUCAUCACCAAAGUCAAGAAAGGGAGCCUGGCUGACGUUGUGGGCCACCUGCGAGCAGGUGAUGAGGUGUUGCAGUGGAAUGGGAAAUCGUUGCCUGGAGCAACCAAGAAGGAAGUGUACAACAUUAUCCUUGAAUCCAAGGCGGAACCCCAAGUAGAGAUAGUAGUUUCCAGACCUAUAGGUGACAUCCCAAGAAUUCCAGAGUCGUCCCACCCUCCUCUAGAAUCCACGGGCUCCAGCUCCUUUGAGUCACAAAAAAUGGACCGGCCUUCCAUAUCAGUGAUGUCCCCUACCAGCCCCGGGACCCUUAGAGACCUUCCUCUGGUUCUGCCUGGACAACUUUCUGUGAGUAUCUACAGAAGACAGACACAGGUAGCUGUCAGCACAGUGAUGGUGAUGUUGAUAAAGGUCAACUGCCUUCCCACAUUACUUCAGGUGAAGCUGUGGUACGACAAAGUAGGCCAUCAGCUGAUUGUCAACGUCCUUCAAGCCAUAGGCCUGCCCCCUCGGCCCGACGGGCGACCUCGGAACCCCUAUGUCAAGAUGUACUUCCUGCCUGAUAGGAGUGAUAAAAGCAAGCGUCGGACUAAGACGGUGAAGAAGAGCGCGGAGCCCAAGUGGAACCAGACCUUCUUAUAUUCCCAUGUUCACCGACGGGACUUCAGGGAACGCAUGUUGGAGAUCACAGUGUGGGAUCAGCCUCGAAUCCAGGAGGAGGAGAGUGAUUUCUUGGGCGAGAUCUUAAUAGAGCUGGAGACGGCCCUGCUGGAUGACAUCCCUCACUGGUAUAAGCUCCAGACGCACGACGUGUCCUCUAUUCCUCUGCCACAGCCCUCCCCGUACCUCCCACGCCGCCGUGGCCAUGGAGACAGCCCCAGCAAGAAGCUCCAGAGGUCUCAUCGCAUCAUUGAUACAGAGUUUGAUGAUGGUUUGAUGGUAGUUCCUAAAGGUGCAGAGCGUAACUCAAGGGACAGAGAGCGAGGCAGCACACUGGCCGUUCCAGAGCAGCAGCGCCUCGUCCAGCACCGCUCCCGCUCCGUGUCGCCCCACAGAGAGGACUCCUGCCGGGCCCGGUCCCGGCCCGCGUACGUGCCCAUGCAAAGGAGUUUGGAUGAGAUCCACCAGAACCGCAACCACUCCUACUCCCAUUCCCCCUCUCGAUAUCACGACUCCCACUUGGAACGCCAGCGCUCCGGAGACUCGGACUACGAAUACUCUGAAGACAGUGAGGUCCUGGAGAUGCACCGGUCUGUCCGGGGCGGGAGUGCCGAGUGCCUGCACACAAACAGUGACCUGCAGCCAUCGUUGGACAGAGUGAGGAGUGCCAGCACCACCUGUCUGAGGCCAGACACCAACUUUCAUUCCUCUGAUAGGGACAGGUGUUCCAACCCUUUGCCCAACAAGACUUCCCCGAGUCCUAGGAUCUUAGUAGAGCAUGUGGCUCCUGAGGAAGACAGGCAGUGUAGCAAUUCAUCAAAUCCAAACCGUCACUGGGGCAACAAAAAAAGCCUGGAAGGGGACAGUCGUAUCCAGCCCACCUCUAUCCUGAGGGGCAGUAGGGGGAGAGAGGGCCCACUGAGGCCCUUUGACCAAACAGCUCUGGCUGGGUCUUGCCCAAACUCGCCGCGACUGGACAGACAACACCAACGCCAUGGUAGCCCCUCUCCUCCAGCAGGAGCUCCCUCAGGUCGCAAGAGCAGGCAGCUGCCGCAGCUUCCUGCGAAGAGCAGCAGUAUAGAGCAAGCUCUUGCAGUAGAGGAUCGAGCCCGACAGCUGCAGAUGAAAGUACAAUCCUACAGGCCUUCAGCCUCCCGUGACCCUGAAACGGACCUCAAGACCAAACGGGAGAUGUAUGCAGAACAGAGACGUAGCAGUGACAACAUGUCGGCCAGGUCGUCGGACAGCGACAUGAGCGAUGUGUCAGCCCUCUCCCGCGCCAGCAGUGCCUCCCGCCUCAGUAGCACCAGCUACAUGUCAAUCCAAUCAGAACGACCCGGUGGACGACUCAGAUCCAAGUCAUUAGAGGAAGAGAGGAGGGACAGGAGGAUCUCGUGGGGGGUGAACGGCGAAGAGGAGAGGAGGAGGUCAGCGGGAAAGAGACGUUUCUCAGACGAGUUGAAGCGCAGGAGACACACUGUAGCAGGAGAUACAAGGGAGUCCAGUAGGCAGAUGAGAUCGAUGGGUCGCAACAUGCUGAAGAGCUCCAGCGUGAGCGGAGAGAUCUACACUCAGGAGCGCACCGACGGCAGCCAGUCGGACACGGCGCUGGGCACAGUGGGCGGCGGCAGCAAGAAGAGACGCUCCAGCCUCAGCGCCAGGGUGGUGGCCAUCGUCGGCAACCGGCGCAGCCGCAGCACGUCACAGAUCAGCGGCCCCGAGGGGAAGAAGAAGAAGGAGAAGGGCGCGCCGAUUCAGAGGAGCACGGAGACUGGCAUGGCAGUGGGCCUGACCCGGAACAUGAGCCGACAGCCCAGCAAGGAGUCCAACAACGGCAGCAUGAACAGCUACAACUCGGAGGGGAAUUUGAUAUUCUCAGGAGUCAACCUGGGCGCCAGCAGUCAGUUCAGUGACUUCCUGGAUGGUUUGGGACCGGCUCAGUUGGUGGGAAGACAAACCCUGGCCACUCCUGCCAUAGGAGCCAUCCAGAUUGGUAUGAUGGAGAAAAAGGGUCAGCUGGAAGUGGAAGUGAUAAGAGCACGAGGACUUGUACAAAAGCCAGGAUCCAAGUCCCUUCCCGCUCCAUACGUUAAGGUCUAUCUCCUGAAUAAUGGAGCGUACGUAGCCAAAAAGAAAACGAAGAUUGCACGGAAAACACUUGAUCCAUUGUACCAGCAAGCGUUGCUAUUUGAGGAAAGCCCACAGGGUAAAGUCUUGCAGGUGAUUGUAUGGGGAGACUAUGGACGCAUGGACCAUAAAAGCUUCAUGGGUGUUGCACAAAUCUUACUGGAGGAACUGGACUUAUCGAGCACAGUCAUUGGUUGGUACAAGUUGUUCCCUCCGUCCUCCUUGGUGGACCCGACACUGGCUUCUAUAACACGCCGAGCUUCCCAGUCGUCACUCGACAGCUCCUCUGGACCUUUGGGGGUUCGAUCCUAGUGGACCAACAGCUCAGCUCGACUCUGUCGAAUGACAAACUCACGUAACGUACUGUAAGGAGAAACGCGAUGAACUGCAGAGACGUAGAACAACAACAAUCAGAAGUAGUCGUAACGAGAGAUCUGACAAUCACUCCUGUCACAGUUAAUUUAGUCUGUCGUAGGGAGCGUCGCUUUUCAGUCUUUCAUCCAUUUGAAGGUAAAUCGCAUCAUCUUUUCUCUGCGUGUGCUUAAAGUACGGGGCUGUUCACACAGAGCGAACUCAAGAUGAGAGGACAAGACGUGUCGGAGAAUCAAAACGAAGCAGGGUGGUUUAUACCUGAAUCAACAAAAAGCAAAGAAAUGUAUGUAAGCAUCAGAAUGUAUGGACUUGAGACAGAGGUAAUCACCCUCCACACCUGCAGGCGGCGCCUCGGUCCUGUCUGCAGUGGCCUCCUCCAGAACCCCGACAGACUGCCAGCGCUCCUGCCUCGAAGCAGGGUGCUCUUUAGUCUGGAAGCACAGGGCCUUUAUCUGGUGCCUAGACCUCGGAGCUCAUCACUGGUCGCUCUCUCUGUUAAAAGAUCCUCUUUUCAAUGUGUUUACCAUGGCUGCCGCAAAGCCGCGCUGUUUUAGCGAGUAUGCUCUGUUGUUCAUUCCCCCGCUCCUUCCCCUUUGUUACUACUGGCACAAAAUGUUUUUACAGUGCGUGAAUUGCUCAUGAUGAUGUUGUCAGUCUGGUGUGUGCAUGGAGAGAAAAAAACAAAACAAGACACAAAAAAGGAGAUGAAACUAUUAAAUGUCUGAUAGUGUUACGCCCGGGCUGGUGGGCGGAUCACAACUUAGAGUAUGAGCGUGCAGCGUUGUUUUCCCUGUUCCAUGUUUGGCAGUCAUCCAGGCUAGUCGUCUUUGUAUAGAUGUAUAUUAGGCCUCUCAGGAGGUUGACUAAUAAAUAAAAUUUAUGUCACUUUGAAAAACCACCAGGUUGAAAGGUCACUGUAAACAAAAAAAGGCAAAUCUUUGUCCCACACCAACGUAGGAUGGUCUUAAUUUUUCACGUUUCUGGGGAGUGCGUUUCCCUGCCCCGGCACAUUUAGGGUUCUGAACCGACCCUUAAUUUGCAUUCUAUUAAAACAAGCACAAGAGCUUGAUUUUUUACAACAAAAAGUUUAACUUUUUGAAAAAAAUCUUUAGUUAAAAAAAAAAGAAAAAACAGUCCCAUCACUGGUUGAGUUCAUCUUAACGAGAUAAACGAUUGCUCCUAGCUUCCAUGUGCAUCUCUGUGAACCUUAAAGUAACCAAUCAGACUGUCAGCCCAACCUCCAUCCUCUGUGUUGGCCCACAGGCCCCUCCCUACCAGGAAAGGGGCGGGGCAAAUAUGAAGCUGCAUGCACAUUUUUUGUAACAAAACAGAUAGCGAAAAAAAGAUCCUGAACUCAAUAUGUGUUAGUUCCACCUACUGUAGGGCCGCUUGUAUGUUGCAUGCAGUUGUACAGUUUGCUCGUACUUGAAUAUUAAAGAGAUGAAACCAAGAAACUGAAGCCAUUCCCAUUCACGCAAAGAUGCUUGAUGGCAGUCUGUUCCCCGUCCCUCAGUCCGGUGCUGAAUGUCGCUCAAAUACAGACCCGUGAUUACGUUGAUGUCUCUCCUCAGCUCUGAAAGAUGUACUGUACUGUACAGUCGUACUGAGCUCGUCGGUACCAUUCCUCCCAUCAUAGUAUACCUCCAAGGGGCUGAGAUGACUUCUGAAUAAACAUCACAAAUACAAAUUAUGUUUCAGCAGAAUUAUUGCAGAUUUACUCAGUUAUAUAAAGAUCAUUCCCAGAUUCGCAGUCAUACACUGUAAAUAUUCACCGGGUUAUAGUUAGGCUGAGUCACAGAAUGACGAGCAGACUCUUCGUCGUUAGAGGCCGAGCGGUGGGACACGAGGCACCGGACUCGGCUCACACAUGACUAACUGACUGCAGGUGUCCCGCUGCUCCAGAACACGACUUUGUGCUUCGAAGCCAGUGUCUGAACUCUGACAAGAAGCCAGCUUUCUUUUCUUUUCAUUGUCCGAUGAAGCAGUUUUUUCUCUUUUUUCUUUGUCAGUAUUAACAGGAAAAAAAUGCUGAUUGUUUACAACUUCUGUGUUCCACUAAAACAAACAAACAAAAAAGAAUUGGAAAAAAGUAAAGCAUUCACUGCAACAUUUCUUGUUUGUAUAACAGAUGUGGCUCAAAUGAUGUGUAUGUUUUAUAUAAAAAAAAGUUCAUUUUUAUUAUUUACAAAUAAAAAGAAUGUGUGGAGAAAA